AUGUGGCGACAUUCCGAGUUGGGGUUUCCAGACCAUGCGAUCACUGAGGCUAGGCCUGAGGUGAGCCUAGUAGUGAGGAUGGUUGCCACCGUCGGUAACUAUGAUCAUAUAGUAGACUGGGAAUUAAAGCCAAGUGGUUCUAUCAAAGCUCAGGUUGGUUUAAGUGGAAUUCUUGAAGUGAAGUCAACAACAUUCGCUCAUGCAGAUCAGAUAAAUGAAGAAGUUUACGGCACAUUGUUAGCAGACAAUACAAUCGGCUUAAACCAUGAUCAUUUCUUGAUUUACCGCCUCGAUCUUGACAUUGAUGGCGUUGCCAAUUCUUUUGUUAAGCAAAAUUUGGUAACCAAAAAUGUGACGGGUAAUGUCUCACCAAGGAAGAGUUAUUGGACUGCUGUUAGAGAAACAGCUAAGACUGAAUCGGACGCGAAAAUUCACCUAGGCACGAAUCCAUCUGACCUGAUAAUUGUGAAUCCAAAUAAGAAAACUAAACCUGGAAACCAUCAUGGCUACCGUUGGAUACCAGGGACACAAACACACUCUCUUCUGUCAGAUGAUGACUACCCACAAAUCCGUGGAGCCUUCUCUAAGUAUAAUGUGUGGGUCACCCCAUAUAACAAGUCUGAAAAAUGGGCAGGAGGAAAAUAUGUUGAUCAAAGCAAAGGACAGGACACUUUAGCUGUCUGGACCCUCAGUGCAGGAUUUGAGCUCCGACCAACUAAUUUCUUUGAAAGCAAUCCUGUGCUCAAGGUGUUGCCUCAUAAGCCUGUCCGCGCUUAA